AUGUCAACAUCGUCAGAAAGUGAGCUCGAUGAGAGCACCUUGACGCCUGAAGAGGCCAAGCGUAACCGAAAAACAUCACGCAACAAGUUCACGAGGCUUGCUAAAUCCAUUGAGAAUGCAAUAGCUCAAUCUAAAAGCAUUGAGGCCGUAGAAUUACUGAAACAAUCGCUGAAGGAACAUUAUGAAGAAUGUAUGCGAAUGCAUACAAAAUGCUCAGCAGAGGUAGUGGCUGGCCCAGAUAGCGAGGAGAAGGAAAAAGUCGAGAAAUGGGCCUACGAUCUGGAUGGAGCCUACACACACGUGAAUGACGCAGUAGAGACAUACGUUGCCAAAACGAACGCAGCCGACGAGCGAUCACGCAAACAAAAAGAAAAAGAAGAGACAGAAGAAAAAAACGCUCGAGUAGCCGCAGAAAACCUCAUUGUGCAAAAACUACAAGAGGCGGAACAAAGAGCGGCGGAUGCAAAAGUGGCAGCAGAGACAGCCAACAAAAGAGCUGAAACAGCAGCUGAGGAUCACGCAGCCUCACUCAUAAUAAUCAAAAACCAAGACGCAGCUCUUAAGCGCCGUCAUGACCAAGAAGACGAAGAAAUAGCGAAAAAGCGGUUGGCGGAGGACACCGAGCGAGCUGAACUUCGUAGAAGAUUGAGUACAUCAACGACGAACCCAGUUCAGCAAGCCACCAACUCAACACCUAGGACUUCAACUCCUAUUAGAAACGUCGGGUUCCAGAGCGAAAUUUCGCAAGUCGACCCACCUUCAACUUCCCGAAGAUACGACACAACCGGAAACGGGACAACGAAUGGGUCGACGAUCCCCAACACAGUCGAUGCUUGGAUAUUCCAGCCGUUCGCGCCGGUAGCUCAAAUGACAGGAGGAGGCGACGCGAUGAUGACGAUGGCCAUGCUGGCCAAAGCAGCCACCUUUGGGGGAGAAGCUCGCGACUGGCCUAUGUUUAUUCAAACCGUAAAGAGCAUGAUUCACGACGUCUUUCCAUCAGACGUACAGCGACUCACGAUGCUAUCGACGAUGCUAGCGGCUCCUAUUCGAGAGGGAAUGAGCCAGAUAUUCAACACACCCCUGGCGUAUCGAGCAGCUCUACACGAAUUACACCGUAAGUACGGCCACCCGCACUUGGUAGUCCGUUCGUACAUUCAACACUUAAUGGCCAUCUCGCUCGGCGAAGGAGGAUCCAACCUCGAGACAUUUUCAACGCAGCUAAACGGUGCAGUCGCUACUCUGGAUGCUGCUGGUUACGGUCACGAACUGGAAUCGAGCGUAGCUUUGGAAGGACUCGUUUCAAAAUUGCCUACACACUUGUUGUCGAGAUGGGGAAGGAACGUAACGCGACUUUUUCCAAGAGUACCCACACUACGCGAUCUGAAUGCGUGGCUCGGCUUUGAACUGAUGGGAAUGAAAAAUAUACAGGGCGUGAUUCCGCAAACCAAGCCUCCAACCUCAACAAUUGCCACCCCGCAACAAUCGACUCGCCAGCGUCACCAAGAAAAUGGAUUUGGUUGGACCCGGAAUAGUACGCAAUCGUUCUAUCGUGCGGCAAACACAAACAAGACCCCCCAACCAACAGUGAACGCGGUAGCUGCUGAACAAGGAGUACUGAGCAAAUGCAGUGUCUGCAAUGAAGAGCCGGGUCACGCUCUGGAGCGUUGCACUCAAUUCCUGGAAAUGUCGGCCAACGACAGGGCGAAAGCAGUGUUCGACUUGGACAACUGCUUCCGUUGCUUAGGGCGCAACCACUUGUGCCGCGAAUGUAAAAAGUCACUACGAUGCGAAGUCUGCAACAACGCCUCACAUCACACGCUGAUUCACGGUGCAUCUCGAGCAGCACCUGGACAUCAAAGUCGCCCCUCAAGUCAAGGCCGACUCCGUCCAUCCUCCAAGUGA